UUGGAUAUGUUGGUUGUGCUUAUAAAGGAUGGGGGACAGGGUAUGCGGCCAGCUUAGCCCUACUUGUUAUUAGUGCUUGGAUACUACCAGCAGAGGACAUACUUUUCACCCAGACAAUCACCGUCGCCAAAAAUUCCGUCCACCCUAAUAUCCUUCCAAUAUCACCUACCGUAUCAACAGACAAUCAUCUGUUUGUUGUCAAGGUAAAAGCCGACGAUGGAGCUAAUGCAGGGUUUGUAUUCCAUGGCUCAGGAACAUCAUUGACUGACGGUUCACUGACAAACUACGGCGGAGUGAUAUAUGCUUAUGAUGAAUCAGAAGUACUUUUGUGGCGACCGAGUGAUGACAAUACUAAUGGGUAUAUUCUGUAUAUGGGAGGAGACCUCGGGGGCGGGGCUUACCCACAAAUGUCGACACAGGGCGAUGUCACGGUCAGCAUUAUACGAACAUUGACACCGUAUGAGGGAAAUUGUGGAGUUGGAACAUGCGUCGGUAACUGGAGUCAGAUAAUUGUUGUAUGUGAUUGUGUUGGCACCGGACUAAGUGGACAGUACUGUACAAAAGCCACCUCCCCUCCUCCAAGUUCUCUGCUAGCAGGAGUAAAGGAUGAAGAGGAGUCCAGACUCCUACAUCUUGGAUCAAAAAGAAAUCUGACGAUAAACUUGGAAUUUCCCAUCGAAACAAGUCCAGAUAUAGUUGUGGUUAUAAAAGCCUCAUCUUCUAAAGAAGUUAUGGCACUAGCAAGCGCCAGUGUAACGGGAAAAGGCAACAAUAUACAACCCUUCUCAACAAGACUUUACUACAGCUUUUCGUCUUCCUCAAUGAUUUCUGGGUUUUAUUUUAUUUUCUCUGGCAACUUGUCCUUAGGAGAUCUUGUAAAUUCUGGAUCUUCAAACAUAUACAGAGAUAAUAUGGUUACUAUAAUUUCCGAAAUCUUUGUACAAUCCAUUAAUGACGUCACUAACGGAGAGCAACACAAAGUGAAUGUCAUGAUUCUAGUGGAUGGAGUCGGCGUCUGGGAAAAAGACAUUAGUUAUAUCAUCAGCACAUACAUUCUGACUCCAAUUAAGACACCAGAAAUUUACCCCCGCUAUCCAUCCACCUCCUACCUUGAGCGCGGCACCAUGACUCGGGUCACUGUGGACCUGUGGAUGCCGUUGGCUAACCCUGACAUUGUGGUGAUAUCCAGGAGUACCACGGGGGGAGAGGACACCAAACUCCGGGUCUUUCGCGUGGCUGUCACAAAAGUCGGAGAAAAUUAUCAACUUCCUGUUAUUCUAGAACGAUAUAAUGUUGUUGGUACAGUAUGUAAUGACGUCACUGGAAACAAAACUCUCUACCUUACAUUUCCCACACAUUUUGCUAACAAAG